GUCUUCCAUUGUGUACGGGAAGUUGCUCGACAUGAGACACUUGUGAUCAGAGAAGAGUCAUAUAUGAUUGAAGUCAGAACUUGUUCCACUAUUGAGGAUCAUCAUCAUUACAUCAUCUUCACCUCCCGCCCCCUCAGCUCAGUCUCGGGUACUCAGUCGCCGAAGUGUUAUCGCCACUCUCCGCAUCAAUUUUGUUAUCAGACGUUGUCAUUUUACCAUUAGGUGCAACGGACUUUUCUCUUAUGUGUACGUCUAUUUGUGUCAAGAUGAAUAGCUUGAAGGCGUUUAAGGAGCCAUUCGAUAGAAUCAUCUCUGAACCAGUGGAGGACACAGAUACCAGUAGCUUCAUGGCAGAAAUGUCCUUGAAGUCCAACUAUCCAGUCCAAGUCACAGAUCCUCAAGAUACAGUGACACUGCAGCUGAGGUCCAUGCCACCUGGCUACCUCACACCUCUCUCAGACAGAAUAAGACAGCCAGUGGAAGAUGGUGUAGAGUGCAUCUGCACAGGCUCCAUCUCACCAGACUUCCCCAAGGAGCUGCAGUUCUUGAACAACCAAUAUGAGAAGUGCUGCUGCUCAGCUCCACCUCCAAAGAUCAGUGACCUAAUGGAUGACAACGACUUGCUUGACUUACUGCGUCUUAAACUGGACCCAAAUCAUUGCACUGUCAAGAACUGGAAGAACUUUGCGAGCCGUUGGGGUAUGAGCUAUGAUGAGCUGACUCUGCUGGAGCACCGGACCCAGGGCUCAAUGUGCCACAGCCCCACACAAGAGUUCCUGCUGCGCAACAACCACAAGACCGUCACUGAGCUCACCGAACUUUGCCGGGUCUACCAGCGCAUUGAUGUGCUGCGGCUUCUGCAACGCUGGAUGGAGAACGACUGGCCCUCACGCUGGCAAAAUGCUCAUUAACCACAUAUCCCCAACCCCCCUAAAUUAUACAUAUUACUUUUUACAUUUUGCUAUCCACUUUAUUGAAUUAGCAAUGACAACAGGGACUUGGACCAUUUGUUAUCAGAAGCCUAUUUAUUUAACAACCAGUGGUUCCCGGAUUUUAGAUGAUUUGGUGUGCAAAAGACAACUGGAUCACAUGUUAUGACUCCUGCGGAGUUGAGGACUUAAUGGGAUUGAUUGUCGUUUUGUACUUGUUACCGAUACUGUAGUUCUGAUUAUCUCAACCGGCACAUUCUUUUCUUUUUCAAAAGGUUCCUCAUUCUCUGAAUUGUUGUGUGUUCAAGUGUUGGUGUACCCACAAAAAUAACCAGGCGGCUAGAACAUAAAAAGUAGAGCUGUAUUAACCAACAUGGCACGUAAAGAAGGUGAGGUGGGAAAAAGGGAACGAGAUUAAAAGGGUGAAUUGUUCAUCAAUUGUAACUUUUUAGAACAGUGACCAUAAUAACAAUCAAUGUACUAUAUAUCAUAUGGUAAAGAUGACAGUGUUGCGUUUUGGUCUUUAUAUUCUCAUAAAAAUAGGAAUAAUCUCCAAAUAAUGUAUUGUUUGUAUUCAUAGUUAAUGAGUCUUGAUUAUUUUGGGAUAGUUUGAUGAAGCUGAGAUUGUGUUUUUCAAUUUCACUACAGUUUGAAUUCUAAUUAGGAAUUUGCCCUUACGCUUUAUCCUGAAUGUGGUUCCAAUUCCUCUCCCCAACCCCACUUGAAGCAAAUAAAAGCUAGAUGUUUUCUGUA